AUGUUCCUGUUUCCCCUCCUGCUCCUCCUCAUCCUCCGUCUCCUCUCCCUCCCCCUCCCCCUCCCCCUCCUCCUUCUCGAUUACAAAGUUGUCGCACUGAGAACCGACGGGAGGGAAAAGAACUUUUCGCCAGCAGCCCAGUUUGAGGAGGAAGACGAGGAGGAGGCAGAACAAAAAUGGGACGAAGAGGAGCAGGAGCAGGACGAGGAGAAGGAAGACGAGGAGGUGGAGGAGGACGAGGACGAGGACGAGGACGAGGACGGCGAGGAGGACCCUCUUGAAAGGCUGCAGGCUGUGGAAGGCGAGGAGAACGAGGAUUUUUUCGACCAGUGGCACGACGCGAUCUGUGAAGUGAUGGCGAAGAAACAAGGAGCGAAGAAGAUUCAGCAAGUGCUGGUAGAUGGAGACGAUAUCAUAGUGCGAGGAGGUAGAAACCUUCUCAGGAGUCUAGAGCAGAAGUCUUCACCCUUCAUCAAUCUCAACCUGGAUAAUCUGCGAGGACAUGUGGAGAUGCUGUCAGAAGUAGGAGACUUGUUCCACACAGCUCAACCCUACGACUCUUUCAUGGAUGUUGUGCCAACUGCUCUUGACUCACGUGGAACAAGAAGUGACACGUGUUUUUCAGAUGCCGAAGUCAGACAGGUUUUGAACACCUGGAACGAAGAACAAGCUUAUGUGUUUCAAGAAGAACUGUUGACAAACGACGCUGUUGGCGAGCUAAUGACAUACUCCUCAUGGGCGGAUGCAAACGACUAUCACAUGAGUCACAACUCUCAGCCUCUUAGUCUCCCCCCUGCCGACCUCCCCAGCUGCUCCUCUCUGGUGCUGAGACAAGACCUCCAUCACAUCGUCCUCAUAAGCCCCGCGAUCUGCAAGGAGAGUAUGCAAUUACUGCUUCGUCCUGUGGAAGAAAAUCGCAAGACUUCAACGGAUCAAAUCGCUCGCAUGCUCGGUAUCAAGAUCCCCGUCAAUCCUGUCGCUCAUGCUUCCUUCGCAGACCAGUACGACAUCAGGCGUAAGAUAUCCUCCUGCUUCCACAAGUGGAGCAAGGAGGCCAGUCGCCCCAGACGCAUCGCGUGGAUCACGAAACUCCUCACCCUCAACGCUCGUCACGCCCUGACAGACGCUGCCUUCCUGGGCUGGCGGGCAGCACUGGGAGGAUCAGAAGAAGAUUAUGCUGCGAAGAAUCAAAAGACGAUCAAUGCUUGUCUUCAACAAGUGGGCUGA